AUGGCAGCCGGUGGUGGGGCUGAUGGAUUGCUCUCAGAUCUCAGACAGUAUGUGGUCACCCGCCCCAUUUACAAUGAACCUAACUUCCAAGAGGAUAAUGAGAGCAUUCCAGGACCAUCUAGAACUCUCCGGGAACGAGCACAGCAAGCUUGCAGCUGUUCCAAAAAAAGAGCCCUUCAGAUAACCAAGACCUUCUUCCCCAUUCUGGAGUGGCUGCCUAAAUACAGAGUGAAGGAAUGGCUACUCAGUGAUGUAAUUUCUGGUGUCAGUACUGGACUUGUGGCUACUUUGCAAGGCCUGGCUUAUGCAUUGCUGGUUGCUGUCCCUGUUGGAUAUGGCCUCUACUCUGCUUUUUUCCCCAUCCUGACAUACUUCUUUCUGGGCACAUCAAGACACAUCUCAGUUGGCCCUUUUCCUGUGGUCAGUUUGAUGGUUGGCUCAGUAGUUCUGAGCAUGGCCCCUGAUGAAAAUUUUCUCGUGGUCAACAGUAACAUGACGGGGCUGAACAAAACAGUUAUAGACACUGAAGCCAGAGAUGCAGAGAGAGUGCUAAUUGCCAGCACCAUCACGUUUCUGGUUGGCAUUAUGCAGCUAGUGCUUGGAGCUCUUCAGAUUGGUUUCAUUGUGAGAUACCUUGCUGAUCCACUGGUUGGAGGUUUUACAACUGCAGCUGCUUUUCAAGUGUUUGUUUCACAGCUGAAAAUAGUCUUAAAUGUUUCGACCAAAAACUACAAUGGAGUUCUUUCCAUAAUCUAUACCCUUAUUGAAAUAUUUCAAAACAUUGGAACCACCAACAUUGCCGAUUUCAUCGCUGGCUUGUUGACCAUUGUUGUCUGUAUGGUGGUCAAGGAAAUAAAUGAUCGGUUCAGACAUAAGAUUCCUGUUCCUAUUCCUAUAGAAGUUAUUGUGACUAUCGUAGCAGCUGGGAUUUCAUAUGGUGUUGAUCUGGAGAAAAAAUACAAUGCAGGCAUUGUUAAAAGUAUUCCUAGUGGAUUCUUGCCUCCUGAACCUCCAGCUGUCAGUAUGUUUGGCGAUAUGAUGGCCUCUGCCUUUUCCAUUGCUAUUGUUGCGUAUGCAAUAGCUGUCUCUGUAGGCAAAGUGUAUGCAACUAAAUAUGACUAUGCUAUUGACGGAAACCAGGAGUUCAUUGCCUUUGGGAUCAGCAACAUUUUCUCAGGAGCCUUUUCGUGCUUUGCUGCUACAACAGCGCUCUCUCGCACAGCAGUCCAGGAAAGCACUGGUGGAAAAACCCAGGUUGCUGGCAUAAUCUCUGCUGGAAUUGUGUUGAUUGCCAUAGUUGCCUUGGGCAAGCUGCUUGAACCUUUACAAAAGUCUGUGUUAGCGGCAGUUGUCAUUGCCAACUUGAAGGGGAUGUUCAUGCAGGUGUUAGAUGUCCCCCGCUUGUGGAGGGAGAGCAAGGCAGAUGCUUGUAUCUGGGUCUUCACCUGCAUAGCGUCUAUUAUUCUUGGACUUGAUUUGGGACUACUUGCUGGUCUGGUGUUUGCGCUACUGACAGUUGUACUGAGAGUUCAGUUUCCUUCCUGGGGUAGCCUUGGCAAUGUUCCUGGCACAGAUAUAUAUAAAAAGGUCACCAGAUACAAAAAUGUGGUUGAACCAGAAGGAGUGAAGAUUGUCAGAUUUUCAAGUCCUAUUUUUUAUGCUAACAUUGAUGGCUUGAGAAGCAGUGUCAGAUCUUCUGUGGGAUUUGAUGCCGUUCGAGUAUAUAACAAGAGGCUUAAAGCACUGAGAAAAAUACAGAAGCUAAUCAAGAAGGGGAAAUUAAAAGCAACAAAGAAUGGCAUAAUCAGUGAUUCUGGCACUACUAAUGAAGCUUUUGAACCUGAUGAAGACCCAGAAGAUCCUUCAGAGCUUGACAUUCCAACUAAAGAAGUAGAAAUCCAAGUGGACUGGAAUUCAGACCUUCCUGUCAAAGUCAAUGUCCCCAAAGUGCCCCUGCACAGUCUCAUUUUUGACUUUGGAGCUGUAUCCUUCAUGGAUGUAGUAGCAGUGAGAGCCAUGAAAACGAUUGUCAAAGAAUUUGAGAGGAUUGAUGUGCGAGUAUACAUUGCAUCACAUUUAGACCACAUCAUGAGAAAGCUGGAACUCUGUGCCUUCUUUGAUGGUAUUAUCCAAAAAGAGAUGUUUUUCCUGACUGUCCAUGAUGCUGUCCUCCACAUACAGAGUCAGCUCAUACACAGAGACACCCAGGACCCUAUAAUUGAAAAGAUUUCACUAAUGCAGGAGUCAAAGGAACCAAUUGGAUUCACAGAAACAAACCAGGAUGAAGAACUUGAUGUUCAAGAAGAGGCUAUGCGCAGACUUGCUUCAUGAUGGAAGAUUACAGAAUUCAUCAUAUCAGUGGACUAUGGGACAAAUCACAC